AUGCAGUCGCUGCGUACCUCUUCUGGCAGGACAAACAUUUCUGAAGCCACAGAGACAACUCACGCGGGCGAUUGGCUCCCUUUACCUACGCAGCUCAACAACACUUUGACAUCUUUAGAGAAUGAGGUGAACAUAAAUUUUGAAGGCCCUUGGGCUCCGUACAGUCUCAACCUAGACGCAGGAUUGAAUGAAUGGACCCCCGGCAUGCUGUCUGGGAAUUGGCCGUAUCCUCAAGACGUGGCUUUGGAGAAAAGGCAAUUCGAAAAUACUGGCAUCACACCUCAGGGCCCCUCUGGAUUGGAAAGAAGUCUUGCCCAAUCCUGCGAGAUGCCCAGUCUUGACAGUUCUAGUCAGUCGACAUCAGUACAUUCUACAGCACCAGAGUUGAUUUCAUCUACUCUGGAACCUGGCGGGACGCGAGAUGUGCCGGUAAGCUCUCCCCCUGUAGUUGACGGACUGUAUUAUGCGGAAGGUACUGUGGGGAGAGCGGCGUUUAAUGGGCUCAGCCGGCGAAGCAGUAGGUUGCAAUCUACCGCAUCAGAGAGAGAAGGAACAUCCGAGGCUAGUGGCUUCACGUCAGUAUCGCAAGAAGUCUUUGUACCGGAAACGGUAUACGACAAUCUCUUAUGCAAGGUUCGAGCUGAGCACGACUCUUCAAGUCUUGGAUUGGAUAUGCCCACGCGGAGCGAGAUGGAGCAGUAUGUUCAAUCAUAUUUUGAAGGGUUCCAUGCGACGUAUCCUUUCCUCCGAAAUAACCCACGCCAGUUCGUUUCAAGCAAGAGUUGGAUCUUACUUCUUGCCGUUGCAGUAGUUGGAGUACGAUAUACUCACGAGGACAGAAAUGAGGGUUCAGAGACCUCUCUGUCUCACCUACUUGAUCAAAUCGUGAGCAACCGCUUCAUCAAAACGAAAUCCGACGACAAUGAACAGGCUUGGAUUCCUGGCGCGGACGCUCUUGAAGCGAGUGAUCUGGAUCUUGUUACCGUGCAGGCAGGGCUGUUGAACUGCCUUCUCCUACUUCACUCUGGCCGGAAAAACUCCGUCAGACGUGCCCUCGACCAAAGAUAUAGACUUAUUGAGGCCUGCAAUCAGUUGAAACUACUCUCGGCAGUGGAGUCAAUCCUGGCACCCGACAUAGAAGCGGCGAAUUCAGGAGACGUUUUCGCACGCUGGUUUGACGAGGAGGCGAGGAUCCGAACAGGCUGGAUGAUAUGGUUGCUCGACUCUAUUGUCCUAUACGAGUUUGAUGGCCUGUCCCUGUUGCAAAUCAAAGAUACAAAGACUCCACUCCCCUGCCAUGAGGAAGUGUGGAAUCGUGACCCAGCGGAUAUGAUCACAAACGAUAAGAAUCGAUCGGUGACUCUUGUAGAUGCGCUCGAUAUUCUUCGCUUGAGGAAAAAGUUGCCCCCAAAUCUCGGAGAUCUCGCCACAAUUAUGCUAAUAUUUGCCAUAUGUCGGCGAACGAGAGAGACUGGAGGCAUACAACACCAGACCGAGUCGAACAUCUGUUCCCCUGCAGCCAAACAGCAGCACCGCGACCCACAGGUAGAGUCGGCCGUGCAGUCGGCAUCAAAAUGGCGUAAUUGUGCUUGCGAUUGCCUAGAUAUCUUACAUUGGGACGCAAAUGCCACUGUAGCACGGACUAGGGGAUGGGAAAGCGCCACUAUAUUCCACCUGCAUCUCGCAAGACUACUAAUUCUUGUUCCGAUCCGUCAUAUACAACGACUUGCAGCUCCUCGGCAUCCAGACUACAGCGGGUACAAGACUUCAAAAGACUAUGUAAUUCAAUGGGCAAGGCUUGACAAAUACAAGGCGAGGCUAAGUCUUGUCCAUGCUGGGGCUUUGUUCUGGCACGCUCGACGAUUCAGCAGCAGAGGCUUGCUGGAGCCUUUUGGGAUUUAUGCUGCAACCUUGACUAUCUGGGCGUAUAGCACAUAUAUGCACCACACUGGGAGAGAGGGUGUUAGAAUGAGCGCUGAGUCAGUUGAUCAACCACAGUUCGACAGUUCAGUGCCACAAUAUGAGCCAUCUUACAGCACGAAAAGACCACAAAAUGAUGAGGGUGAUGUUGAUAGCCAGCCAACUGUCAUUCAACUAGACCGGCCUUGCGAUGAUGAAAUCGUCCAGUUAUAUGUUCGCCUCGACUCUAAAAUCUCUGCACGAAUGGCAGGGGUUGGCAUCAUUGGCGAGCCAUCCUCUCCGCUGAGAAUCCUGAAGCAAGGUAUACGAUUACUGGAUGGAUUGGAGUACAAGGAAUCAAGCUGCCGUAUUGAUAAUCUUGGGAGUCCCGUGAUGAUAGAUUUCGGCUGGGGAAUAAGCGGUUCUUUCUCUGAGAGUUUGCGGUCUUUCCUCGCAGCACAGCGUGACCAAAGACAAGAGGUCAAUUGCGCAGAGCCUUAUCAUAGCUUUUCGUAG